AUGUACCGCUUUGUGAUCCUCAGUAUAGUUCUUGUGUCAGCUUUGGCUGACGAUAUAGAUAUAAGAGAAUGCGGUCGUAUUUUUCACCCUCCUCCACACGGAUGUUGCAAGGCGGAUAAUGCAGUUAAAAAUAAAGAAAUGUUAGCUGAAGAACUAAAAGAUUGCUUCGACGGGUCUGGACCAAAAGAUCCGAUGAAAUGUGAAAUUGACCUAUGCAUAGCCAAAAAGAAGGGAUUUGCCACCGACGAUGGUAAACUAGACAUAAAGAAAUUCGAAGAAGUCAUUACUAAAGAUGUUGGGUCUGAUAAAGAUCUACUGGAUGAAAUAAAGACCAAUUGUAUUAACGGGGACCUUAACAACUACGGCCCACCGGAUUUCUGCGACUUCAUCAAGAUCAAGCACUGUGUCACUUUGCAUAUGAUGAAUCACUGUUCUGAAUGGAGUGAUGACGGAAACUGCAAGGCUGUUAAAGAAUUAGUCGGAAAAUGUGCGAAAGUCAUAUAA